AUGCGGUCUCGAACGCUCACCUUCCAACUGUUUGCCGGCCACGGCCGCGUCGGCCAGCCGCGGCUGCCUCGCCGGACUGGCGCCGAAGGGAGGUCUGUGGCAGGCAGGCAGGCACCCAACUUUGGGGGGCUGCAGGAUGUCCUGAAAGCGGGCAUCACCUGCGGAUCGCUGUCGGCUAUCGGAGAUGUUCUCUCGCAGAUUGUUACCAGCCGUAUGGCUAGCCCGGGCAGCAAAGUCGAAGUUGACCCUGCUCGAACCCUGCGUAUGGGAGGCUUUGGCUUCUUGUUGUAUGGUCCCAUGCAACACUACUGGUACACGAUCCUCGGCCAUCAGUUCCCCCUCAGGACUGCAAGCCAUUUUCUGACCAAGGUCACCCUCAACCAAAUUGCUCUCGGUCCAGUAGUUGCGAUUGUUGCUUUUGCGUGGACAUUGGGCCUCCAGCAACAAGCACACCUCAUCCCAGGCAAGAUCAAAGCAGACCUGCUGACAACGCUCGUGACAGGUUGGAAAUUCUGGGUGCCGGUUUCCAUUACCAAUUUCUGUUGGGUGCCAGUGGACAAACAGGUGUUGUACAUGAGCACAUGCUCCCUAGUGUGGACUACAUACCUAUCCUACGCCUGCAACAAACAGGUGCCACAGGUCCGGUGA